CUUAGCGCGUUGUUGUUUCCUAUCCGCCAUCUUCUGUCGCCAUCUUCUGAUGAAUUUUUAUUGGGUUCGGGAUUUUUCCUAAAUUCAUGGAUUUGGAGACCACCUAGAACCUACCCUUUGUCCUACGGACAUUUAAUAUGAUGGCGACAGCAUGACGCAUGCAACGGUAGUGUCGAACGGCGCAAGUCUUGAGGACUGUCACACAAAUUUCUUCGCAUUGGCGGACUUGUGUGGCCUCAAAUGGCGUCGUCUGAGCACCGAACACCCGUCGCCGGCAGUCGGCGGUGGCGCGGAACCACUGUCCGAGCCCGUGCUGUGGUCGUUCGCCAAGUGCCUCGCGGCCGACCUGCUGUGUGUGUGGCGCAGGGUAGCGCGGCCCGAGCACCAGCACCGGCGCGAGCUCUGGCUCUUCUGGUACGGCGAAGAGCCGGACCUGAGCGGCCUCGUCUCGCCCGAGCUGAGCGACACAGAGCAAGGCAGCUGGGAAAAUGGCCUCUCCUACGAGUGUCGUUCCCUAUUGUUCAAGGCUCUACACAACCUUAUACAAAGGUGCCUAUUAUCAAGAGGAUUUACCAGGAUGGGCAAGUGGUUUCUUCAGCCCUGCGAUAGCGCAGACAAAGAUAGGGGGGGCUCCAGUGGAACACAGCUUUCAUUUUCAUUUCACUUCUUCGUACAUGGUGACAGCACGGUGUGUGCCAGCGUUGAUGUGCGGCAACACCCUCCCAUUCAUCGUAUCUCUAGGCAGCACUUGUUGGCUGCACAGUCUGCUAGCCAAAGCCCAUGUAAAGUGAUUCUGGGACCCUAUGGCCUGGCUGGUGUGCUGACAGGCCAGGGAUUCAAGGAGAACGAUGCGUCCACCCAGACCUUGUUGGCUGAGUGGCAUCAGUUCUAUCCACUGCCUCUUCUCAACAAUUCAGCCCAUCGGGGUGAUGCAACUCCUUCAAGUGGAGAUGAAGAACCAUUGCCGUGUGCCCUUGAGGUCCUUGUAGGUGGUGUCAAGCUGCGGUAUCCUUCAUCCUACGUGUUCGUCGCCGAAAGUGAUGAAAUGGUGUCGGGACAGCAGACUGAGCCUUCUCAAGGCGCCGCCCCUGCGACUCCUGCCCCAGCAGCAGCGAGUGGGCCAUUCGGCGCAGGAGGUGGCACGCAUGGCAGCGCACCUCCUCGGCCACACAAUUUUCCUGCCGGUGUCAAGCCCGGCAUUCCACCCGGUUUGACAGCCGUUCUGACACCUCCUACAUCACCCUGUGAGCCUGGCUACCUCCAUGGUGCCAUGAUGGCUGCAAGGACUGCUAGUGGUGCCGCAGGGACGUCACAGUCCUCGCGGCCGGUGCGGCUGGCGCCCCCUGAGCCACCGAUGGCACCCCACACAGCUCCCAGUGCAUUGAUUGCGCAGAAAGCAAAAGUGGCUGCGUGGCAAGACUCUCUGGUGUCCAGGGCUUGCGACGAAGAGGCUGGUGCUGGCUGGGAAUUCUGUGACCCGUGCGGGCAGACGCAUUGCUUCUGCUUCCGGUGUAACCGCGGCACUCGACCCUGUGCGGCUGCUACCACGUUGGGCACCGGAAGUCUGGUCAGCAGGGGCCCAUCUCCGAGCCCGUCAGGCACUGCCUCUGCCAAGAAACCCGGUGUCGACAAGAGCCCCGCACAUUCCUCCCUCACCAGCCAGGCAAAGCCUUCUUCGCGAGGUGGCACUGGCAGCAACAGUGCACCUUCCACUCCGUUCCACCGGCGCAGCCCUGUGCCUGGGGUGGAUUAUGAAGGGGCAGUGGCGCUGGUGUCUCGAGUGGCCAGUGGAGGCCUUCCCCAGCUGUCUCAUCAGCCAGCAGUGGGAGGGCCUCCGCCUUCGGUGGGGUCGUGCUCUCACCCAGGCACGCCACUGCUGCUGAGUGAAGGGCCGGCCUCGCAGGCGUCUCAAGCAGACCCCGCCAUGCCCACGUUGUCCCCGCACCCACCGCCGAGAGACGAGCCACGACCUUCUCCGGCACCUGGUGCAAGCCCUGCACCCCCCGGAGCCGAGUCGGCUAAGGAAAGGCAGCCUGGGGAACAGCUGCUUUCACCAUCAUCCUUGCUGGAAGUGAAACCACCCCUGGAAGCACCACCAUCCUGCUCACCGGGAGGCACAUCCCAUCCCUGGGGUGGCCCUGGUUCAGUUCCAUCCUCGUCUGUGGCUACCCCGCUGGCAUCCACUGCAGUCCAUGCUCCGCCAUCAGUGGGCAUGGAAGAAAUGCCGGGCACUCCCCUGGCAGCUCCUGGUGGUCCGGCUUCUCUGCCACCAGGCACGCCUGUUGGGGGACCACCCGGGACCCCCGCUCCUCAGCUGCAGGCUCCCCCAACUACGCCUGGACCUCCUGUAACACAGCAGCAGCAGCAGCAGCAGCAGCAGCAGCAGCAGCAGCAACCGCAGCAAUCGCAGCAGCAGCAGCAGCCUGUGCAACAGCAACAACACCAAGGCUUGAAACGGCCGUGCCUUCCUGCUGUUCCUCAUGAGGCUCUUCUGGAAGCAGAGGCCUCCAUGCCGUUAGGAAGCUGCCUGCUGUAUGAUUACACCACUGUUUACCAACCUGCAUGGGACGUGCCCCCAUCCAAACGACCGCUUAUGGGUGCACCUCGGAGAUCGAGCCCAAACGAUGCAUGGAGGCUGUCUCUGCCCUGCCGGCAGCCAGAACCAAGUGGCGAUUGCCUGGCUGCUGCCUCUGCCAAUCAGAUGGGGGAAGCCGGCUCCACUCCCGGUGCAUCAAGUGCGAGGGACCCAUAUGAGUUUCAUGACGAGGCAGAAGAAGACCCUGCCGCUACUACUGCCACCGCAGCUGCCACUCCCGGUAACCAACCAGCUGCUACCCAGCAGGGUGGAACACCCAACCAGGCCGCUACUCCUGUUGUAGUCAAGGAGGAAGAAAAGGACAGUGUGCCCAUGGAAAUAGUGGGUGCAGAGCCAGCACUUUCAUCCGUGGACUCUUCGGGUGUGGCGGGCAUCCCUCAUGGUGGCGGCAUUGGAGAGCCCACCACUCCCGGAUCUCAGGGGGACAUGGCCCCGGGGGGCUCCCCUCCAACACCUCGACAUCCAGGCUUCACCCGAGUCGAAGACCUCAAAGUGACAGAAUGUGACCUGGAGAACAUCUUUGACACCUCUUCUUCGGACGAGAGCAGCGAUGACCCCUUUCAGGCUCCAUCUACACCAAGUUCCACAAAGCCUCCAGGCGCCUCAGACGAAGCCAUCACAAAGUCUAAAAACAGCACCACAGCUGGCAUUCUUGGAGCGGCAGAGUUGACGCGCAUGUUUCCCACACCACCAUCGCUGGAGCACAAUGCGGCCCCGUCUCCAUCGUGCCCUGGCAUUGGGACAGACCUGCUGCUGGGGGACUCUGGAGAUCGGACAUUGGACCCCUACGGCAACUGCGCAAGUCCCGGUUUUGAUGGAGCUAAGGACUGGUCAUACGUGUACAAGGCCCCCAAGGUUCAAACGUUCGUCAGCUCGCAGCGGUAUGCCCCACUGGCUCAGCUUCCCAGUGCAGCACUGCCGCCUCUGCCUCCUCUUGAAGUUUCUUACAAGCCCUGCUGGCAGCAGCACACACAACAGCAAGCCCAGGCUCCUCCCCAGCCACCUCCCGGUCCCCGUCCACUUCCUCACUACCAUCCGGCUGUACACCAACAGCAGCUGCAGCAGCAGCAACAGCAGCAGCAGCAUCAACAUGUGCCACCGUCUGUGCCCCCACACUUGGUGGGCAGCAUGCAUGGCUCUAACCCAGAGGCUGCCUUCCUCAUGCGCAUGGGUGGAGGAGGCCUGCACCAUCCAGGACUCCUGGAUCGCCACCCUAGUCACCACCCGGGUAUGGAAGAGCGGCCCUCCUACCCUGGCUCAGCUGCCAUGAUGGGCAGCCCUGGAGCAGCAAUGGGCUACGAGAUGGGCCAGGCACCCUAUCAGGCAGCAUUGAUGGGAGGCUUCCCUGCUGGCAGAGGCCCCUGCUUAGGGGGUCCCCCCGAGCCUCCAACACCCGAAGCCGAUUCCCUUCUUGUCAACCUCCUAUUGUCAGACUCCCUGCUCGAGCUGUUCCGGGACCACAACUUUGCCAGCUGCACACUCUGUGUCUGCAACAUGAACAUCAAGGGUGCGGAUGUUGGCGUGUACCUGCCCCCAUCACUGGUCCCCACUGCGAGCGAAGAGGCCCAGUACAAGUGCACUUGUGGCUUCUCAGCCGUUGUGAACCGGCACCAGUCACACCGGGCUGGGUUAUUCUAUCAGGAUGAGCUUGACAUAACCGGACUGCCUUAUGAGGCACGGCCUGGACCAAAUGCUAAAGUUCUCCUCCAGCAACAACAACAACAAGCACGGCUUGGUCCAGCUGCCAGGACAGGGUUGGGCAUGUCAGCUGCUGGCCAUCUCCCUACCCAGUCCUUGGCUAAGCAGGUGGACGAAGAAGGCCUGAUGGACUACGUUCAGAACCAAUGUCUGGGAAUGUCCUUAUCACCGUGUUCAGUGCUGCACAAGACUCUGCAGCUGGGCUCCGAGCCGCCACUGCCACCGCCCGUGGGAGCGCGCCCUUCGCCGAGCUCCCUGGCUCUGCUACAGGCCCUAGACGGCUGCGAGGUCGCCUCUGGGGCCAUUGAGGCUGUUGCUGCUCGACCACUAGAGGACAACCUCAGAAGCUCCUGCCUGCAUCACUGGCCUUACCUGCAUUGCCCGUUUCCCGCUAGUAGUUUAAUGACGAUGGGACUGCUGCGUGGCCUGCAGCCGUUGCUACAAGAUGCUGUACACAAAAAGCGCAACCAGGGCCUUUGGGAGGUAACGUACCGUGUGGCAGGACCCCUCACUUGGCGCCAGUUUCAUCGUCUUGCUGGCCGAGGCACCGAAGACCAGUGCGAGCCACAGCCGAUACCAUCGCUGCUGGUCGGUUAUGAUCGGGACUGGCUUGCCCUUUCACCCUUCGCACUCAAGUACUGGGACAAACUCCUGCUAGAGCCCUACUCACCAUCACGAGACAUUGCCUACGUGGUGGUGGUGCCAGACAGCGAAGCAGUGCUUCCGGGUGUGCGAGCUUUCUUCCAAGACCUUAGCGCGACCUACCAGGCACUGAACCUUGGCCGCCAUUGCCCGCUCUCUCGAGGAGGCCUGCGUGAGGGACUUCUUCGUGUGUCCUGCAGCAUGUCUCUGCCGUCUACGAAUGAGCCACAACAACCGCCUUCAGCUCCGGACGACGACUGGCUGGGCCCGCUAGCAGAGGGACCCCUGGGACCUCGAUUGAGACUUUUUGCCCGUGCUUGCAAGCUACAGCUGGGUCCUCACCUAGCAACACAGAGCUUAGACAGGGGCAUGCUGGAAGGUCCCCCAGCCUUAAACCGGUGCGGUGCUGAAGCAAGGGCACCGCUUGCCUCUCCACGGCCACCACCAACGCCCGAAGCAGCUCAAGACGGAAAUGCCACACCACGACCACAUGAUACAGCAGAGAGCUCCCAGGAGACAUCUUCAGCAUCAGGAGCUGCAGGGACAGCCACAGGGACAGGAACUUCGGCAGGAAAUCAGAGUGGCUCAACGCCAUCUUCCAACCAGUCUGCCUCAAGCGCAGUGCCAGCCAGCACAGGCUCAGGGAGCGGUGCCAGUUUUGGUGGUGGAGCCAGCAGUGCAUCAGGGUCGACAACAGGUGGCUCAUCGGGCACCAGUGCAUUUACCACAGAAGAGGGCGAGGAGGAGCAGCAACCCCCCGCCCUGGUUGUGUACCUGGUGGAACCGUUCACGCUCGGCUGCUCAGACCCCGAUGUCUUGCGCUCGGCCACUCUGGGUCUACACCGAUGCUUCUCCCAACUCUUGGAGUGCCUGCCGGAGCCUCUGCAGAGCAACACCUACGUCCAGAUUCUGAGCUUGGACUCUAUCCUGGGAGGGGCUGGCAAUACAUUAGAAGGCGUGCGGCGGCAAGAUCAGCUGCGGUCACAUGCCCUCUCCGUGUUUUAUCAGUGUGCACGGCUCAUCACGCAUCAGUCCAACGUCAAAUCUCUCACAGGAUUUGGCCCAGCAGCUGCACAGGAUGAAUUCCUGAAGUCCCGACCGGGUGGCGUCAAUCCAGUGAAGUUGUGGAGCCCACCGUUUGUCCUGGCUCCACAAAAGGACAAGCAGACUGAGCUGGGCGAGAUGUUUGGUGACCGCAGGGAAAGGUGUGGCAUCCUCUUUUGUGCCUACUGCCUCACCGAGGACCAGCGUUGGCUCCUAGCCAGUGUCAGCAAUGACAAAGGCGACUUGCUCGACAACUGCUCCAUCAACAUUGAAAUCCCCAACCGGACACGUAGGAAAAAAGUGUGCAUUCGUCGACUGGGCCUCCAGAAGUUGCUCGAGUGGUUAUUGGGUGUUGCGGCAUGUGGUGCUCGUGCUGGUGGUGCAGUCGCCCAGCCGUGGCGACUUGUCGUCGGUCGGCUGGGCCGUGUUGGUCACGGUGAACUGCGCGAGUGGGCGGGACUUCUGGGCCGACGAAGUCUGCUGCGCUAUUCUCGCCGUUUGCGUGAACUCUGUCACCAGUGUGCCGCAUCAUCGUCGUCCUCGUCCUCUUCAGCAUGCGGUGGUGCGGGUGGUGUUGUGGGGGGCCCCUGUGUGCUGUCGGCAUGCCUGGUGUCACUGGAACCAGAUAGUGCGUUGCGGCUUUUUCACGACCAGUAUACGCCGGACGAGCGGUUCACAUCAUCGUGCGUCAGUUGCGAUCUCUCCACUCCACAGGAUGCCACUGCCACUCACAUUCUUGUCUUCCCUACAUCUGCGACCACUCAAUCGUCGCAGGCCACCUUUCAACAGGACCACGACCCACUGUCGACUACACUUGGCGAUGACGAUGAGAUUUUCAAGUCGCUCACUGAAGACAUAGCUGUUGGCAACGACUUCAACGACAUUUUGAACUGGACAGACAGUCCAGAGGCACCUUGCUCACCAACUCGGCGAUCUUCGCCACCAGGUUCCCCAGGAGGUGGCAUAUUGGGCAGUGGUCCAAGCGGGCGCCAAUCACCCUUUCACAAUGGUGGUGCACUUAGGGGUCCUGGAAGUGGUGGUGGGGAGCCCCAGGAAGAACCCAUGCAGCUGCUGCAACAACCUUUGGCCUUGGGCUAUUACGUGUCCACUGCACCUACGGGCCCUUUGCCUCGGUGGUUCUGGUCUACAUGUCCCCACUUAAGGGAUUCGUGUCCUGUCUUCCUCAAGAGUGCCCUGCUUCUGCACUGCCCCACUGUGCACCAGAACCAUGAUGACAUUUUGCAUGGAAACACUCACAUGCGCAACUACCACCCACUUGAUUCAAACUUGACCACCGAUGUGCUACGGUAUGUGCUGGAAGGCUACAACACGCUGUCGUGGCUCUCCCUUGACCCACACAGCCAUGACAGGCAGUCUUGUCUGCCGUUACACAUCCAAAACCUGAUGAAGCUCUACCACGCUGUUGAGGCGCUGCUCUAAGGAGAGAGCAGUCCCCUGUUUCUGUCUCAUCUAAAAGGCUGUGAGCGCUCUCGCGUGUGAAAAAUAAUGAGAGACUGGUGCUGGUGCAAGUGCAGCUUUGUGUGGAAGAGGUUGGCCGGUGCAAGGAGAAAAGUUGUUUCCUUUUUGUUUCUUCUCUCCCAUCCUGCGAGCGCUGCCAUUACGUCGUGUUGUUUGUUGUUGUUAUGUAUCAUACCGAUGCUGUCAUCCUCAGUCCCUAAACCGGUACCUGUGCUUUCUUUUAUUAUUAUUUUUUUUUACUGCUGCUUUCACCGUGUGAACAUAUGUGCAUCUUGGUUGAUACUGUGUUGUCACCACUUUGGGAAACGAUUUCGGAUUAAGGGAACGCUGUUGGAUUAAUCGAAAAGGUCUUUAACGUGAGAUUAUGCUUCUGGUUGCUGUGGGGCCAAGACUUGAAGGCUUCUCCUCUCUUCUCCCGGUUUAUUCAUUUUUGAUAUAAGGCAAGAGGUGCUUUUUUUUUUAAUGCACCAGUAUAUUGGUAUCUUUCACAGGCAUGGUAUCGGUUGAGCAGCAAUACCUGUUUUAGUUUGACAGAGACAUUCCUUGUACAUGUACGGGGCAGUCUGCAUAUUCAUGCAGUGCACACUGUGUCUCAUGUAGUCAUUAGAAACGCCACAAGAGAGUUCUUACAAUAAUACAUUAUGAACCCUUACCUCCAAGACAGAUAUUGCAAAGCCAAAGAGAGAAGGCAGCCUUAAUCAUUGGCUGCUAUUCAGAAGGCUACCAGUUCAGCACAAACCACGCUAUGUUAUGCAUUGGGGCCAUAGUCAACGAAGCAAUACCUUUUGCCCCAUUAUGACAUGCAUUCAUAUGUGUGAAAUGGUUCUGUUGCUACUCUCAGGGAAAAGUGAGUCAGUGGCAGCUGCUUCCAUUGCGAAUGGAAUGUCAUCCCACAGUUCAUUCUGACUGCAUGCAUUACAGUUGUCAUUGCCACACACGUCAUAGUCGGUUAUUUUGGUGGCAUUGUUUCUAUUUGUGACUUUCUCAUGUAUGAGCACUUACUGCUUACUUCCUAUGUUCUUAAUUUUUUCCUCUUUCUCCCUUGUUCCUUCAAUGCACUUGUUUCAUACUCUUUCUGAGGAUGCAGCAUCUCCUGUACAAAUGUAAAAAAGAAAAAGAAAAUGGUUUCCUGCCUCUUUUACAAACUGCAGGGAGAAGGGAAGUGAAAAAGCAUGUUCUUGUUUUGCUCAUUUUUAAGGCUGCCUUCUUGAACAUUAGCUAUGUUGUUAAUAUAUGCACAUAAUAUAUGUACACUACCGAAAGCACUUAGGUCAGCAACAGCAGCGUGACUGCUUGUGUCUCUUGCUGGUGGAAGGAUGUUUUAGCUGAGGCUUCUCUCUCCGAUAUAUUUUGUUUCUUGCUCAGAGUAAGAUGCAUUUUUGUGUCACUGCAUAACAUUCUUUGCCAAGAAGGAAGCUUCUUAUAGUCUAGCUAAGGCUUUUUUUGAUCCUUGGUCUUUAGGAGUCAUGACUUGGCUGGUAGCUGCUGAAAUACUAUGUCUUUUCUGAGACUAACUCUUACGCAUAGUAUUAACAUUAUUGAAGGAUCACUAUAAAGAACAUUUGGCAAAGAACUUUUAGCUUGCGCAAAUAGGCGUAUUGCCUCAAAUUGACUGGUAAAAUAAAAAGUACUGCAGUCAAGUCAACAUAUCAGCAUGACAAUGGGGGGGAGACACUUAUACCGGACGAUCUACAUGCGUUGAGCUCAGUGCAGCAUGCCAUGGAAACACUGAGCUAUAAAUAUGUUGAUCAUAGAUAUUGACAACCCAGUUUUUGACUAAUAUUGACAAGGGCUAACAAGAUGGACGUGUGAGAACAUGUCAGCCGUGCUGUAUAUAACAGAAUUUCUCUUUUUCCUCCCACCCUAUCCCCUUCUCCCAUCAGCUCAGCUGUACAUUAUUGUGUAUGUGUAUACUAUUUAAUGAAAAGGGGACAGGAAGUCGUGGUCUUUUUUUGUUGUGCCUUUCUUUUUUAUUUCCUUCUGUGAAUCUAUUUAUUGUGCCUGUAAAUAACGCAGCCCUUUUGGUGAAGAGUGGGUUUUUUUUUUUUUGUAUCUACAGUGGUUUCAAGAGCAAUGUAUCUACUUAGCCUUGUUACAUAUUAUACAUAUUAUAAAUAUAUAAUUAUAUAUAUAAAUAAAAAAUAUAAAUACAUAUAAAUACGAGGUACACAUGACAACCUAUUUGGGCAACAGGAGACAUCUAUGUAAAAAGAAAACGAAAAAAAAAACACCAGGGGCUUCAUGCACACCAAGUCAGCCGGAGUGGAUGCUACGCUGCUCUUGUGGAAUGUGUACAUAGGAAGCACUAUGGCAGGCAUGUGUGUCAGUAUGUAUGCGCGUGUGCAUGUGUGUGUGCGUGCAUGGGCCAGCAGUGUUGUGUAUAAAAGAAAAAAAAGUGUACAGCCUUAGCUCAUUUUAGAUCCUUUUUACAUGGCCCAAUUGUGCUGUGCAGCGUCUUGAAUUGUACACUUUUAUGAAGAAUGUUGAUUAAAACCUUGUAACUAAGAGAA